CGCCCCCCCGGCCCCCCUCCGCGCCCAGUGUUGGACCCGGCUCAAGACCGCGAGCGCCAGUACUCCUCCGACCAGCGAUGCUGGCCUGUCUCCGGAAAUAAUCGAACGAUCGCGCGCGAGUGUUGUGCAAAUGACUGGCUGCCCCUGAGGGCAUAUCGAAAUGUGGACAAAACGAUUAAAAUGGAGGUUUACCCUGUGCGUGUUGUUCGCCGUGGCCGCGCUCGCGCAUGCGGCGGGAGCGGAAGAGGAGGUGCCGUCGGAGUCGCAAUGCCGUCCAUACAUAGAGAAGGCGCUAAAGGAAAAAGUGGGGGGUGAUGUAGAGCCAGAAUCUCAAGAAAAAAACGAUUCAAAUGAAGCAACAGUGGAUGACGAUACGAAAGAAGAUACAUCAGUAGAAGAAGGGAAAGCGGAAACAGAAGACAGUAAGGAACAGGACAGCGGAGAAGUAGAAGCACCGUCCGUAGAAAUAGCUGAUGAACCUUACACGUCCCAAGUUUCCGCGGAAGACGAUGGUGAUGCAUCUAAAGAAGACGCGACAGUAGAAGAAACAGAUGACAAGACGGUAGAAGAAACCGAAGACGCGACAGUCGAAGAUACGGAGGACAGCGCCGAACAGAAAGAGGGUGAUGCUGGAGACAGCGAAGAAGCAUCUGCUGAAGAAAAAGAAUCCGAAAAAGACAGUGGUGAAGUGGCAGCCGAUGGUGAUAGCAAAGAGGAUGCCGCCACAGAGGAACAACAAGACAGCCAAGAAGACCAAGCUGAUAGCAAAGAAGUGAUGGAUGACAGUCAAGAAGCUCAGGCAGAGUCUCAGGCGGAUGACGGUGAGAGCGCUGAAACUGAAGAUGCCGCAGAAGAUGCAUCAAAAGAAGCAGCAGACGACGGUGAUAGUGGAGAAGAUAAAAAGGAGGACGAUGGAUCUCAAGAAAAGGCUGAAUCUAAAGAGGAUGAGCAAGCUUCCGGCGAAGAAAAAGAAGAUUCCAAAGAGGAAGCAGAAGACAAACCCGAGGAUGGAGACUCUAAGGAGAAAGAUGAAUCUGCUGAGGCCGCGAAAGAGAGCGAAGAAGAAGGAAGCAGAGUAAAGAGAGAGGCAGAAGACACUGAAGAGGCCAAAGAUAGCGGCGAAGAGGGCGAGGAGGCUGGUGAGGAAGGGUCCGAGGAGGAAUCUCAGGAAGGUGCCCCAGAAGAAGACUUAUUACUGACUGGAGAAAUACCCGAGAACCUGAGAUCGCGGGACCACAUCAUCCAGAUACUUCGUCUGGAUGAAGAUGCGAGUGAAGAUGAGCUCACCAUCGAGAAAUCAGCGGAGAUCAUCCUUCGGGACCUGAAGAGGCUGUACGAGAAUUCCAUCAAGCCCCUCGAGGGUCUAUACAAGUACAGGGACUUGAGCAAUAGGCAUUUCGGUGACCCUGAAAUCUUCUCGAAACCGUUGGUGCUGUUUAUGGGACCGUGGAGCGGUGGGAAGUCCUCCAUACUUAAUUACCUGACCGGCAUAGAAUUCACCAAGUGGUCUUUGAGAACAGGCGCCGAGCCAUCACCGGCAUAUUUCAAUAUCCUGAUGCAUGGCAAGGAGCCGGAGGUUCUGGACGGCACGCAGCUGGCGGCUGACUGGACGUUCUCUGGGCUGCAGAAGUUCGGCCAGGGGCUGGAGGAGCGUCUGCGGGGACUGCGGUACCCCAGCAAGCUGCUUGAGAAGGUGAACAUCGUUGAGAUCCCGGGCAUCCUGGAGGUGCGGAAGCAGGUGUCGCGUGUGUUCCCCUUCAACGACGCCUGCCAGUGGUUCAUCGACCGCGCCGACAUCAUCUUCCUGGUCUACGACCCGUCCAAGCUCGACGUCGGCCCCGAGACGGAGGCUAUCCUGGAUCAGCUGAAAGGCAGGGAGUCGCAGACGCGCAUUGUCCUCAACAAAGCUGACACAGUCAAACCGGAGGAGCUGAUGCGCGUACAGAGCGCGCUCAUCUGGAACAUAUCCCCCCUGAUGAGCUCGGCGCAGCCCCCGGUCAUGUACACGGUGUCGCUCUGGUCGCUGCCCUACGAGGCCGGGGCUCCGGUGCGGCUGCUGCAGGCGCAGGAGAGGGAGCUGCUCAGGGACCUCCGACACGCCGUCGAUAAGAGGAUCGAGAAUAAGAUAGCGAGUGCGAGGAGAUUCGCGGUCCGCGUGAGGAAUCACGCCAAGAUGGUGGACUGCUACCUGACGACCUACUACAACCACAAGACGAUAUUCGGCAACAGGAAGCUCAUCUCGGACGCCAUCAUCGAGAACCCCCAGAACUACCACAUCUACGAGGGACUCAGCACGCUCACAAACAUCUCAAGGUACGACCUGCCCGACCCGGAGACGUACCGCGACUUCUUCCGCCUCAACCCGCUGUACGAGUUCCAGCAGCUGUCCGCCACCUGCACCUACUUCCGCGGCUGCCCCAUCAACCGCCUGGACGUCGCCAUCGCCUACGACCUGCCCGAGCUCGUCGGCAAAUACAAGAAGAUGGUCGAAACCGCCACACCGCAAGGCAUGCCCAAAAGUUGAAACACCCGCUCGUUCUCUCGCGCGUAGCAUCGUCCGGCGCGGACCAUAGACAAUUUGGGCACAUUAUGCAUUUCUUUUUUAAUUGGAUUCUUUUUUUAGUUGAAAAUCGCAUUUUACUUUUUUUUUUGCUAUCGCUUACUCCCGACGGUGACGGUUUUCUUUGUGUUUUUUUCUCGUAGAAAAUGCAGGAGACAUCCAAUUUCCUAUUAACAUUAUUUUUAUACGAAUGUCAAAAGCAAUUUUAAUAUUCUAGUCAUUAAGUUUGUUAGUGAAAGUUGUUACGUACUAUUUAUUAUAAUUUAUGGCGCGUGCUGAUGGGGGUGAAAAAGAUUUGCGUUGCGGUCUCUACCCUGAAUCUCUGUUAGAUCGAGACGUUGUGAAUAUUAAAAUAAAGUAUAAA